AAGUCUUUUAUUCUGUUGUAGGUCACAGCAUGUUGCUGCCUUUUUCUUGCUGGAAAAGUUGAAGAGACCCCAAAGAAGUGCCGUGACAUCAUGAAAAUGGCAAAGGCUAACAUGGAUGAAGUAACUUGGGCAGAGUUUGGCAGUGAUCCAAGGGAGGAGGUCAUGACCUUGGAAAGAAUAUUGCUGCAAACAAUCAAGUUUGAUUUCAUAGUUGAACACCCGUAUUCAUACCUUCUCAAGUAUGCUAAAGGUCUAAAAGGUGAUAAGAAAAAGUUGCCUAAUAUGGUGCAGAUGGCUUGGACUUUUGUUAAUGAUAGCAUGUGCACAACAUUGUGUCUACAAUGGGAGCCUGAGAUUAUUGCCAUUGCAUUGAUGUAUUUAGCUGGGAAACUGAGUAAAUUUGAAGUCUCAGACUGGGUUGGAAGAACAGCUAAACAAGAAAAAUGGUGGGACAUGUAUGUUUCUGGAAUCACCAUUGAACUUCUUGAAGAUAUAUGCCAUCAAGUUCUUGACCUUUAUUCACCUAAAGGAUCCGAGGGAAGUGGAAGUUCUGGACCAUGUGCCAGUUUGGAAAGCCCCAGUGUGAUAUCUGGUGGAAGUUCUAUUAAAAAUUCCAGUGUCAAUUCAUCAGCUGCAGUUGUAAGUGCUCCCCCUUCAUCAGGGCCAUCUUCAAGUGCUGUCUCAGUUUCUGCUUCUGCAAGUGCAACUGCAGCUAGUGCUGAUCCUCCCCUAUCACACUCAGGAUCUUCACAGAAACGAUCAGCAACUCCAACAAAAGGUGCUUCACAGCCACCAACAAAGAAAGCCAAGAAAGAGGAAGUGAAGUCAUCUCCUGCCAAACCAUCCCCUGUGAAGCAAGAAUCUGCAAACCCAGCUCAAUCUUACCAGUACUCUUAUCAGUCCUAUUCAAAUUAUCCUCCAUCAUAUCCUUCUUCACAAAGUACUCCUUCAAGCUCCUCAUCCACCUCAGCACCUCGCUACCCUACUUACACGUAUCCACCCACCACCACUCAAGGGCCUCCUCCACCAACUCAGGUUCCACCUCAAGUGCCACCCCCAGCUUAUCCAGCCACACAGAGACAUUACCCACCACCUGCAGCAGGAACUCCACAAGCUCCUCAUUAUACUAAUCAACCUCCUCCUCCUUCACAUUAUUCUUCAUCUUCUCAUCCUCCUUAUCAUCCACCACCCACAACUUCACAUUAUGCUGCUCCACCUCCAACUAAUUAUCCUCCACCAGCACAUGGGUCAUCAUCUUCAUAUUAUGCGGCUCCACCAUCAACCUCCAAUCCUCCACCAAGUUAUCCACCCACUGGACCGUCUUCAUCUUAUGCAGCCCCAAGUUCUUAUUCUCACUCCCACUCGAGUUCAAGAUCAUAUUACCCCCCACCAUAAUCAUUUUCAUUUCAAGAUCAUAUUACCCCCCACCAUAAUAAUUUUCAUUUCAAGAUCCCAUUACCUCCACUAUGAUAAUUUGCAGUUCAAUAUUAUUGCCUUGUAUGAAGUUUUUAUGCUUAGUUUAAAGAAUUACAAAACGAAUAACUGUAAAAAAGUGUCACUUUUCAUGUUGAUUACAAGUACAAUUUGUGAAUAUUGUAGUGUACCUAGGUAGUUUUCCUUAGUUAUAUUUUAUGACCAUUAAUUAAAAUUGUUAUACAUUAUGAAAUUUCUUCAUACAGAAAACAAUGUGAUUUGACGGUAGGGUAAAUUAUUAGCAUGUAUACUUUCCUCUUAUCUACAGCAGUUAAUUGUAUAAGAUUCCAGAAGAAUGAUGAAGACUAUUGUGAAAUAGUCAUCAUCACGGCAGCUUGCUUGCCGCCAGUGUGUAAAGUGGAUAGCUAUGAAGUGUCAUUGUUUUAUAACAGAAAAAACAAUUGAAUAGGAAGUAGAAAAUAAAUGUUAAAAGUUACAGUAUUUAAAAUUUAUGCAAAGUACACAGACUUGGAAUCAUAUAGAGCAGGAGUCUCCAAAUGUUUUAGUAUGAGGGCACAUUGUUUUAGGGCAAGCCUGAAAAAAAAUGAUGAUCUUACAUAGAUUGCUUGGAGAUUUUUUUGCAGGUACGAUAUGUUUUAACUGUUAUAUUUAGGCAUAUUGUAUUGAAAUUUUUAUAUGCUCUCAUCUGUUAUCAUUCCAACAGAAGCUAGAAAUGGUCUUUGAAUUGUAAAUUGAACCAGAAACAGACCAUAUAACUAACUAAACAAUAUUUUUGAAGAGAGGGUAACUUCUGAAUUUUUAUGGAGAUUGCAAUUGGAGGUCUAUCAUUUUUUGUUUUAUUUUAUUGAUUAUACUGUGAAUUUUAUCUGUAAUAUUUCAUAUUAAUUGAGAAUGAAACCGUCAGAUUAAACAGGACGAUAACUUGAGGAGGUAACUUCCAUAAAUUAGCCUGUAUCACUGCCAUUGUUAUUUUUUUAUAAUAUUUUUUUUACUUUGAAUUUUUUAUGAAUUUGCAAGAAUCUUAACUUCCCAAGUAAAGGAGAAUUUAUAUACAUUAUACUGUAGUUGAUUUUUCCCCUUAUGCUUUGGUCAUACAUGCUGGAAAUAUUUGAUGUAAUUUUAUAUUAAAAAAACGGUUGAUAAAUUUUUAAAAAUAGAUAUGUACUACAACCAGUGGUUACAGCAUCCACACUUGAUGUUUUAGGA